AUGCAUUCAAUCUCUCACUCCUCUCCUUUCCGUCUUCAUUCAGCUGCAAGCAUCACCACCCUUUUUAAAGCCUACAAGAAAGGUGAACACCUUGAACAAGUGCACGCGUGCAUCAUCCAUUAUGGCCUUGAGCAAGACCACUUCCUCGUUUCCCUCUUCAUUUCCCAUGCCCACUCCUUCCUUUCCACUCUCUCGUAUGCCUUAUCCAUCUUCACCGCAUUCUCUCCCCUUCCACCUUCCUCUAGAACACUCAUCAAAUCCCAUUGCCAAAAAAAAUAUUUUUCCCACACCCUCUCCACCUUUGCUCACAUGAAGGCACAUGGGGCACUCCCCAACAGCUUCACCUACCCUUCUAUCAUUAAGGCUUGUCCCGACAUGUACAAGGAAAGGGAGGUAAAAUCACUUCAUGGCUCCGCGUUCUGUUGCGACAUCGACCAAGAUCUCUAUAUGGGCACCAAUUUGAUAGACAUGUAUGGGAAAUGCGAAGAGAUUGCCGAUGCUCAUAAGGUGUUUGAUGGAAUGUCUGACAAGAAUGUGGUUUCUUGGACUGUUGUGCUUGUUAGGUACGUUGUUGUUGGGGAUGUUGUUGAGGCCAAGAAGUUGUUUGAUGAGAUGCCUCACAUAAAUAUGGCUUAUUAG